AUGACUUUCGCGACGCGCCGAAGUCUUCGCCGCUCGCAGACCAUCGACUAUGAUGAACUCGCCGACACAAAAAUCGGGCUUGCCUCGAUGCUUCCCUCCACUCAGCCAAAGCGACGGGGACGACCGCCAAAGUCGUCAACCUCCGUAUUACACAGAAAGCUUCCUGGCUCCAAGCCUCGUGGACGGCCUCCCAGUACUGCUCCUCACAUAAUGACCGACGAACGCAUCGCGUUGAAGCUGGGCUGGCGACUGCGGACAUCCGUGAAAAUGGGAAAGCGAGUCGGCGAUGCCGCUCGAUCGGUAUACCUUCUUUCGCGCCAGUGGCCAUGGGACUUGGUCGCAGGCUUCAAACCAAAGAGAUGGGGCAUUGAGAUUCUGGAGAGUAUGAGGAAACUCUUCAGAAUUAUCCAUCGAGUCUUCACAGCGGAUGAGCAUCGGAACGACUUUCAGUUUGUCAAGAAUUAUCUGCGCGGAUGCGCGAUGAAGCGCGAUCGACGGCGCCCGCAAUUGAAGAACUGCGAUAUCGAGGACGCAUGCGAUUAUUUCGCUGUCGGUGAUAAUGCCAGACGCGAUACUGCACACGCAACAGUGACGGGAUUGAAGCGCUCAAUCAGCACGGUCGUGCAAGAAGACGAGGAUGGGUGGCUAGACUUUACAGGCAUAGGCAUUGACCUUUUUGAUGACGAGGAUGAGGAUGAUGAAUAUGUCGACAUUGCUACUCCUACAAAGCGAUCAAGAACACCGUCGUCACCUCCGUUGAGCCCGAAGCGAGCACGAACGGCGGACCCUACCGAGACACGCCAGCAGACCAUCACUGACAUCACCAACUCAUUACGAUCAUUGCACGCCCAAAAGCAAAAAGAGUUCGAAGAGGUAACGGAUUCCCUGGACAAGAUUGCAGUUUCAAUCCAGACAAAGGAAGUCACUCAAAUGAACCACAUCAACGCAAAAGUUGACAAAUUAACAUCCGACGUGAAGGCCUACGAAUCUGAACGGGAGAAGAUCCUCAAAGUUCGAGGAAUCGUGGAACAGCAACACAAAGACAUGAAAAUGAAGGCAGAUCAUCUCCUACAGCAUUACACGUCGCAAGUUGAGGAAUACGACAGAUUAAUUGCGCAGGCAAACGAUGAUGUCUUGGAAGAGCUGGAUCGGAUGGGGCACGGGGAUGGUGGCCUGGAAGAUGAGGAGAAGAGGCUGGAAGGACGUGUGAAGGAGGUUCUGGAGGAGGUUAGACAUUGCAGUGUUGUCGAGACGUUGGUGAGGUUGGGGCCUGGCGGGAUGGCCAAGCUGUUGGGGAGACUGGAGGGGAAUGGUGUUGAGUUGGUUGAGAUGGCGGAGAGUAUCAUGAAUGAGGCUGAGGAAUAG